GAAAACAAACCAGCGUGUUGUCGCAGUGUGGACGAGCCCUCUGUUGGUGACGGCGGCUUGAUUUAACUGGGGAUGAGAUACUGAAACAUGUCGGUUUCUGAAAUUUGUAUUAACAGACUGUCAAGGCCGAGCUUCAGAUGUGACUGACAUGCUGGUGAUUGCAUUCAAAUGUUCCAUCUGAUAUAUCGGGGAUAUGAUGAGAAACACAAAUCACUAGAGUGAGCGAGGUGACUGAUCACUGAUGGGCAUGCCAAGGCUAUUGGCCAUCGUCGUGUUUCUAGUGACAGGAGUAGGUGACACCGCCGGGUCCACUUGCAGUUCAACAUGCACAACUCAGAGGGCGGUUCCCUGUGUGGUGAAGCAGCUGUCAUACCACUGCCUGAAGCCAUCGGUCAAUGAGAAAGACUUCCCCAACAAGCCAAGGAACUUGACAUAUAGCCAGGAUCUCAUCAAUGACACAUACAUCUUCCAUCUCAGCUGGCUCCUGCCUAAAGGAUAUUCCUACAGGGCAGUGAAAGGCUUCCUCCUUGAAGUUCACCCCAUCAGUCACCCUACAGAAUGUUACCACUUCAACCUCUCUGCCGUCAACUGGACCAUGGUGGACGAUGUACAGCAUGUGCAGUUCAGCCACUGUCUCCGCUACAGUGCCGCAGUGCACAACACCUUGUUCAUCUCGCUGUACAGCCUGCCCAGGGCUACAUACGGCGUGGAGAGGGAGAGGAUGACCAUCAAGUACUCACGCAUCAUGAGGAAGCCAUCUUGGAACCCAAACAUCUCAGCAACCCCAGACUUGAGCGAUGUUGCUGUGACCUUUGAUCCACUGUUGCCAGGGGCAGACUAUGUGUCUGUGUGUCUGGUGGAGGAGACGAGGACUAAACGCUGCUUCAUGGAGACUCGUGUCAACAAGCCACAGAAUCACAAAAGGUUUACUGAUGUUCCUUGCAACAAGACCUACAGAGUGUGGAUCCGCCCAUUUAGUAAAGCUAAGAAGAGCCUGGAUGAUUGGAUAAAGGCCCCAGAGUCUUUCACCAUGCCCUGCUCACUGCCUGUGUCAUCACUGCCACCGGCACCAUCAUGGACUGCAGAACCACCACCGGCACCUGGCAUCAUUCCAGUCAUUGUCAUAUGUACCCUUGUCCUGUGUCUGACUAUGGCAUCUCUUGUCUUCUUCUGGCUCCGUAGAGGAGUGGUUGUGCCUCUGCUGGAGAAGUGUCUGUUCUGCUGGCCCCGCAACACUUCCCAGCCAGAACCGGUCAACAAUGAGGGUUGUCAUUGUGUCUUCCCAAUCUACUACCCCGAGAGUCCAGCAUACACACAGGCAGUCACAGAGCACAUCCGCAUCCUCCACCGGAAGUAUGGUCUCAACAUCCAGUCCUAUGAUGACCAGAGGGAGGAGCUUCUCCAGGACAAGUUUGCCUGGAUCAAUGACAGACUGAAGACAAGUACUGUGUUGAUCUACUAUUCCAAGAAUCUGAUGGAGAUGGGAAGAGAGGGAGAUACACUGGAGGGCCACAGCACAUUUGGGGAUGUUGCUCACUACGCCCUACACAGACUCAACAUGCUCAACCUGGCUGGUCAGUCCAUUGUCUCGGUACAUGUUACUUUUGAUGAUCCUGAGAGAUAUGGCAUCCAGAACAUCAUCGGUCUGAUUGAAGAAGAGCCCAGUGGGAGCCUGUACCUGAACCACUUUGAUACACUUGUCUACAAACUGACCUGUGGAGAAAUGCAAACCUUGAGUAUGCCAAGUGAGGAAGAAACUCAUGAUCUCUGCAUGUACAUUCAUCAGAUGUAUGGUAGAGAGUACACGGGGGAAUUCCACGAAGCAGAGCCAAUGAUCUCGUCAUCACUUAGCAAGAACUUGCCAUCACAAGACUUUGGUAGUACAGACAGUUGCCAUGGAAGCAUGGUGCCAUGUUCCAAUCAAUGUCAUUGCCAUGGUAACAUGUUCACCAAUCCACACCAUCAGAAUUUUGGUGAUCAAACACAGUUAUCUCCCCUGAUGGGUUGCAAUGAAAAUACAACCUCAAGUGGAUAUGAUUCCAGAUCCAUAGUACCAUUCCACAGUGGAACCUUCUGUGAGGGCAUGCAGUGUCAAAACAGGUGUUCUAACGACCUCUCAGGUCACAGGCAUUGUGGGGAUCAGAAGUGUUGUCAUGUCCAUCCUGCUCCAUCUGACUUUGGGCAGUGCUGUAAUGACCAGUGUAAGGGCGUUGAUGCAGGCAGCACAUAUACUCUGGAGUUGGAUCAUCUUGGACAUUCUCGGCCUCUUCAGUUCAUUCCUCCAGAGGUGCCAAGCUCAAAUGCUAGUCUCACACAUAUACAGCAAGAGUUUGUGAAUGUCAACAAACGAAAUGGAUAUUUAUGAUCGAAAUGAUAGUCAUAUUUAUCUGAGCAGACUAAAGGAGACGAGCUGCUAUAGUUUUCUGUUUGUAAUGGCCUCCUGUCGCUGCCAUUUUUUUGACAUCAUGAAAUUUUCAUUCAUUACAGGAUUGUGAUAUAAUUCUGCAUAAUAUUGCCCAAUGAAUAUGUUGCUGUAAAUGUUACAGUUGCUCUUAUUUUGGUCUGGGUCAUUUCCACUGUCAUUCCACCUCAACAUGUUGUAAGCAUGAUCAAAUGAAACCUGACCCACAGACAUGUCAGGCGGAGUCCCAAACUAAGUAGAUUUGAUUUGACUUUUGUAUAAGGUCAAGGUCACUGAAAGUGAUUCUUUACGUCAUUUAUGCUAGCUAGUUCAGAGACUGUCUAGUAUCUGAUAUUUCUAAAAGCCAUGCUGAAUAUUCAUAUCAUUAUGUUUUAGUUACCCAUUGGUACUACAACCAUAAUUAUGUCACUGUGACCUACUUUGCAUGACAAAUUCAUGUCAGUAUUGUUACAUACUUGUAACAGGUUUGCAUAUGAGUUACAAAUACUAGCGUUAUUGUAAUCAUCAAUCUCUUAGUUUAGAAACAUGAACAAAUGAUGUAUGUUCUGAUGGUGCUGUAUCACUGCAAGAAAGGAUUUUAGUGAGGUCACGAUUGCUUACUUCUUGUAGGUAAGUGUAUUUGCAGAUUUUUUUGUAAGAGUAGAUGACUCUGAGACAUCAUACUGUUCAAAGUAAACAAGUAAGAAGAUUGUGAUUUCUGUGGUAGUGUCAGCUUGAUAUUCAUAGGUUGUAUGUAAUAUAAACAGAACAGAAUGUCCCAGAUAUUAGUUUGCUUUUAGAAUUCAGAAAAUAUAAUAUUUGCUGGGUCUUCAUUAGUGUGUGGAGGAUGAUGGCUUGUUUUGAUGAUGGCUUGUGAGAAAUGAUGUCUCACUCCAGAGACUAAUAUCCAAUGUCAGUUGAUGUACUAUUUCGUUCAAUUUCUUGCCCAAUAUCUGCCAUGGUAUGUCAUGAAGACGGCUGAACAUAAGGUAGAGUGACACUGCAGCUGAACACUGAUAGUGUGACACUGCAGUGUGCAGCUGACCAUAAGGUAGUGUGACACUGCUGUGUGCAGCAGAACACUAGGUAGUGUGACACUGCAGUUUGCAGUUGAACAUAAGGUAGAGUGACACUGAUGUGUGCAGCAAAACACUAGGUUGUGUGACACUGCAGUGUGCAGCUGAACAUAAGGUAGUGUGACAAUGCAGUGUGCAGCUGAACAAAAGGUAGUGUGACACUGCAGUGUGCAGCUGAACAUAAGGUAGUGUGACACUGCAGUUUGCAGCUGAACAUUAGGUAGUGUGACGCUGAUGUGUGCAGCAAAACACUAGGUUGUGUGACACUGCAGUGUGCAGCUGAACAUAAGGUAGUGUGACAAUGCAGUGUGCAGCUGAACAAAAGGUAGUGUGACACUGCAGUGUGCAGCUGAACAUAAGGUAGUGUGACACUGCAGUUUGCAGCUGAACACUAGGUAGUGUGACACUGCAGUGUGCAGCAGAACACUAGGUAGUGACACUGCAGUGUGCAGCUGAACAUUUGGUAGUGUGACACUGCAGUGUGCAGCUGACCAUAAGGUAGUGUGACACUGCAGUUUGCAGCUGAAUAUAAGAUAAUGUGACACUGCUAUGUGCAGCUGAACACUAGGUAGUGUGACACUGCUGUGUGCAGCAGAACAUAAGGUAGUGUGACAAUGCAGUGUGCAGCUGAACAAAAGGUAGUGUGACACUGCUGUGUGCAGCUGAACAUAAGGUAGUGUGACACUGCAGUUUGCAGCUGAACACUAGGUAGUGUGACACUGCAGUGUGCAGCAGAACACUAGGUAAUGUGACACUGCAGUGUGCAGCUGAACAUUAGGUAGUGUGACACUGCAGUGUGCAGCUGAACAAAAGGUAGUGUGACACUGCAGUUUGCAGCUGAACACUAGGUAGUGUGACACUGCAGUGUGCAGCAGAACACUAGGUAAUGUGACACUGCAGUGUGCAGCUGAACAUUAGGUAGUGUGACACUGCAGUGUGCAGCUGAACAAAAGGUAGUGUGACACUGCAGUGUGCAGCAGAACACUAGGUAAUGUGACACUGCAGUGUGCAGCUGAACAUUAGGUAGUGUGACACUGCAGUGUGCAGCUGACCAUAAGGUAGUGUGACACUGCAGUUUGCAGCUGAAUAUAAGAUAAUGUGACACUGCUAUGUGCAGCUGAACAUAAGAUAGUUUGACACUGCUGUGUGCAGCUGACCAUAAGGUAGUGUGACACUGCAGUGUGCAGCUGACCAUAAGGUAGUGUGACACUGCAGUGUGCAGCUGAACAUAAGGUAGUGUGACACUGCAGUGUGCAGCUGAAUAUUAGGUAGUGUGACACUGCUGUGUGCAGCAGAACUCUAGGUAGUGUGACACUGCAGUUUGCAGUUGAACAUAAGGUAGUGACACUGCAGUGUGCAGCAAAACACUAGGUUGUGUGACACUGCAGUGUGCAGCUGAACAUAAGGUAGUGUGACACUGCAGUGUGCAGCUGAACAAAAGGUAGUGUGACACUGCAGUGUGCAGCUGAACAUAAGGUAGUGUGACACUGCAGUUUGCAGCUGGACAUUAGGUAGUGUGACACUGCAGUGUGCAGCAAAACACUAGGUUGUGUGACACUGCAGUGUGCAGCUGAACAUAAGGUAGUGUGACACUGCAGUUUGCAGCUGAACACUAGGUAGUGUGACACUGCAGUGUGCAGCAGAACACUAGGUAGUGACACUGCAGUUUGCAGCAGAACACUAGGUAGUGACACUGCAGUGUGCAGCUGAACAUUAGGUAGUGUGACACUGCAGUGUGCAGCUGACCAUAAGGUAGUGUGACACUGCAGUUUGCAGCUGAAUAUAAGAUAAUGUGACACUGCUGUGUGCAGCAGAACAUAAGGUAGUGUGACACUGCAGUGUGCAGCUGAACAUAAAGUUGUGUGACACUGCUGUGUGCAGCUGAACAUAAGAUAGUCAGACACUGCUGUGUGCAGCUGAACAUAAGAUAGUCAGACACUGCUGUGUGCAGCUGAACACUAGGUAAUGUGACACUGCAGUGUGCAGCUGAACACUAGGUAAUGUGACACUGCUGUGUGCAGCAAAACACUAGGUUGUGUGACAUUGCUGUGUGCAGCUGAACCUAAGCUGGUAUGACACAGCCAUGCUCAGCUGAACAUAAGCUGGUGUGACAACUGUGUGCAGCUGAACAUAAUUUACACUUAUGGCCUUGAGUGUAUCACUUGUCUCUUGCCAAAUUCAUUUGUCUGUUUUGUUCAUUCACCUGUUUGAUGUUCUGUUUUCGCCAUAUUUAAGCACUCCUGACUUACUUCUAGACCUGUCUUGAAGUAAUCAGUGCUUGGCACUAUACUAGAAAUAUACAUAAUACAUAACAGUCUGAACUAUGCCUGUUUUCUACUGCUUAAUCUUUGAUAACGACUUAUCUAUGUUAUGAAUAAGCGUCCCCCUCUUUCAAUUUUCUAAAUGCCAAGGGUGCUGUUUACAGCAAGUAUGGUAAGUGUUUUCUUGUCUAAUAUGCCCAAGUGAACACAAUGUUGAUUACUGUUGUUCAAGUGCUGUUGCCCGUAGAUACUGACAGUGGUUUUAGUUCGCAGUAUGUUUACAUUAGUGUUGACUUGUUGGUAUCGAUGAUCAUUCCCAGCGCUCUCUUCUAGUAUAUCUGGAUGGAAAAUGUCAUUUUUAGUAUGUUUCAAACAGGUUUGAAAUGUCAAUCUUUGUCACUAAAACAACUCCCUGUCAAAUAUAAUAUGGACUCUGGCUGCCUGUGUUGGCACUGUUGUUGUUACUGUACAGAAGCUAAAGUUGUGCCUAAAAUGUUUUACCAUUGUUCAGCCUUAUAACUGUCUCAUAUGCAUGUGAACACAGGUGGCACUCCCUGCUGCCCACUAUCUGUAGGCCUAAUAACAUCUUCCUAGUUGUCACACUGGUGGCAUAGGUUUGAUCCACACAUUUCUAGUAUAGCUGUAUAGUUCAGGACAUGUGAUUAUUGUUUUCUCCUUUCAUAUAGUGUAUAUGCUUCUUUCCCAAUAGUUUUAUCUUGAUUACUGUUGGAGAUCUUAUCAGAGGGUAAGUUGGUUUUACACCACUUUGAACAGUAUUUCAGUUACAUUGUGCAGCAUAUCAGUCUGAUAUUAGGGUAGUCCUUACUUGACAAAGCUGGCAUAUAUAGUCUCAUUUGGUGAAACAAACAGGCACUGAUAUGGUGCUGACAGAGAAGGAUCAAAUCAAUGUGAAUCUUGGAUUUGAACACAUGAUCAGCUGAUCCAGAGAGCUAAGGGAGGCAACUGUGCACAGCUAACUGCAGCACCUUGGACCAGUGGGUUGUGUUUGUGUCCUUGCUGUCAACAUGAUGUGAAACAAAAGAUGGGUCCGUCCGAUAUCAGUUAUGUCUUUUCAUUAUUUUGUGAUCUCAUAAUUGUAUAAUUCUCCCCUGUUCUUGCAUAAUUAUUGGGAACAAAAUGUUCAUUACCACAAUUUUAUUGUGUUCAGAUAUUAGCUCUUUUGUGCUAUCAUGUUAUUCAUACACGGCAUUAUGUGAUUUCUUGAUGACCUUCAUUAUAUUUCAUGAAUGUUUUUCAAAUGAAAUGCAAAAGGAGAAAUAUGCCAUUUUGGUCUUUGAUAUUGAGAGAUAUUUAGCUUUGUACUCGUGAUUUGUAGGACAUGCAUGGUCGAAGCAUUUGUGUUGUAAUGUCAGCAUUUGAUAGAGUUCCUCAAAAACAAUGGCCAGACUUGGCAGGAUGUUAUGUCCAAUGUACUUGGAAGGAUUGUAUGCCCCCUGCAACAAGAUCAGGGUCUUGUAGUAGCCCACCGUGAAAGGGGGCACCUUUAGACAUGUCGGACAUGUGGCUUGACAAGUCACAAACAUGUCAGGUUAAGUUAUCCAACACCCCGGAGUACAACCACAGAAAAGAUUUGCUGGUGAUGAGCAUCAGGAGUAUGUGAUUCUUAUUCCUGUAUCAGCUGGUACAAGUGCUCGACUCUACCAGUGUUAGCUGCUGUUUGUAUAUAAGCUGAUCAGUAGAUUGACCAGCCAAUGACAUAGUGCCAGUUUGUGGGUUACGUUGUCUAAAGGGGAUGAAUGACUGUGCAAGGUUUUCCUGUAACCCAUUGCUGUGUUACGAAGCAGUAGUGUCGUACAAACAGGUGGGAUGUACCAUGUCAUCUUGCCUCAGCAGUUCUGUUUAUAGAGUAACUCAUUCUCACUGAUGAAGACAUUGUAUGUCAUCUGUCUUUGGGCCAAUCAGACUGCCUGAAUAGUGCUGAUUCAAACAUCUAUAUGGAUGAUAAUAGCCAGGUCUAGAUGUAGAUCCAUGUACCACUGAUUACCAUGACAACACAGAAGCAUCGCCUUAUUAACAGGCAUGAGUUUAGCAGUACACUGCAGUCUUGUCUCCUUUGCCAGAUGAAGUGUAUCUAUAGGUGUGACUAUUGGGCUAGCAGACAAUAGUUGUCGUUAGAUGAUCCGGAGAUUCUUCCUGUGUGGAAUAUAGUUUGGACAAACUAAUGCUUACUAUUGAAUUUGUACUGCAUGAAUAUCCCUGUGAUAUGUAUUACAAAUCUAAUGUUUUUUUAAA